AUGGCAGUCACCAAUCCUAUUAAGCGGGUAGCUGUCAUAGGGGCAGGACCAUCUGGUCUUGCUGCCGUAAAAUACCUUCGGGCAGAGAAGUACUUUGACCAGAUUGACGUGUUUGAGCAGAGGAGCUCCAUUGGUGGCGUCUGGAACUACACCCCUCGCUCUUCCAAAAUUGGUGCUGCCACUACUGUGCCCCAUUUGAAUCCUCAUGAGCCCGUUGACAAGCCAAUAUGGAUCAAUCAUUCCGAGGGGGCGAGCGAGCCUGUUUUUGUAUCACCAGUAUAUGAUAAAUUGGAGACCAACAUUCCAAAGGAUCUGAUGCGAUAUUCAGAUCAAUCUUUCCCCGAAGAUGUCCAACUCUUCCCUACACAUCGUUCUGUGAAACAAUAUCUGGAAGAAUACGCUGCGGACACGAAAAGCCACAUUCAACUUCAGACGCAAGUCAAGGAUGUGAAGCUCGAGAAUCCAGAGCUAAGUACCUGGGCCUUGACCACAGCCAAUCUUCAAACGGGUGUAGAAGCCACAUCCGUCUACGACGCUGUGGUUGUGGCAAGCGGUCACUUCAAUGUCCCAUACCUUCCCGAUAUUCCAGGCAUACAAGCUUGGGAUAAGGCAAAUACUGGGGCUAUAUCCCACUCUAAAUUCUACGACUCGCCAGACUCAUUUCGAGAGAAGAAGGUGGUGGUGGUUGGAAGUUCUGCAUCGGGGCUCGAUAUUGGAGCCCAGAUCAAUGAAGUCAGCAAGGGCAAGGUAAUCGUCUCACAGAAGUCCGAGUCAUAUCUCGCUGCUUCUUCUCCUUCGGAUAAAAUUAUUCGCCCAGAGAUCGUCGAAUUUUUGUCCCCUGCAGAGCACGACCGAGGCCUCCGCUUCGCAGAUGGUCAUGUUGAGAAAGAAGUCGAUGCUGUCGUCUUUUGCACGGGCUACUUCUAUUCUUUCCCCUUUCUAUCGUCUCUUAAUCCGUCUGUUAUCACACAUGGAUGGCGCACAAUGAAUGUCUAUCGACAAUUGUUUUAUAUCGAACACCCUACUCUUGUCUUUCCGGUUCUUUCACAGCGAGUGAUCCCAUUUGCCAUAGCGGAGAACCAAGCAUCUCUGUUUUCUCGUGUAUGGUCGGGGCGACUUUCACUUCCACAAAAAGGGGAUAUGAAAGCAUCAGAGGACUCGGAAGUUUCACAGAAAGGAGAUGGAAAGUUGUUCCAUGUGAUGCCCUUCCCCGCAGACGCAGACUACCUCAACCUUCUGUAUAGUUGGGCAGCUAGUGCCAAACCACGCCCCGGGCUCGUGGAUAACGGGAAAGGGAAACUAGGAGCAUAUUGGGGAGAUCGAGAACGAUGGAUGCGGGCAUUGUUCCCUGAUAUUCGGCGAGCUUUCGUUCAGAAGGGAGAGAAGCGCAGUAACAUAAAGACACUCGAGGCGCUCGGCUUUGACUUUGAAACUUGGAAACGGGAUCAGGAAGCUGGAACUUCGUAA